CUGCCUUGCGGGUGCUUAGCACUCAUCUUAAAAGCAAGAAAAAGAGGACAGAUUUUCACCAAUGGGUUUUCUGAGGGGAAGUUGUUGCCUUUUGCAUUCUCCGAUCCACCGUUCUAUCUUGUUGAUCCCCUCUUCAUCAUCAUCAUCAUCUUCUUCUUCUUCCUUCUCUCACUCAAGUUGCUUGUUUUCACCUUUGAAAAUGGGGCAAAACAGAAGGAAGAGAACAAGAAUUUCUGCUUGCAUGAGCCAAGAAACUGGAAAUGAAAGGAGCUCAGGUGCAAGAAGGUUCGUUCUUUUUGUGGGUUUUUCAGUUAUUCCCGUUCUCAAAUUGACUGCCAAGGCUUUUGAAAGCUGGCCCCAAGAUGGUUCUGACCUAAAAUCUGUGGAACAGGACCGCAGAGCUGAGCAAAAACAUCAAGGAGAUGCAUCACACAACCCCUUUGUUUCACUUCUCAGUGGACUUGGAAUUUUGGGUUCUGGUGUGCUUGGUGCUCUAUAUAUGCUGUCCCUAAAGGAGAAGGCAACUUCUGAGGCUGCCAUUGAAUCUAUGAGAACAAAACUGAAGGAGAAAGAAGCUGCCAUUGUUUCAAUGGAGAAGAAAUUUCGGUCAGAUUUGAUGAAUGAGAAGGAAAGUCGAAAUCAGCAAGUUACAAAAUUCCAUGAAGACCAGCGAUCUUUGGUUAGCAAGUUGAAAUCAGCAAAUGAUACUGUAGUAGGCCUAGGACAGGAGCUGCAAAAAGAAAGAAAAGUGAUUGGAGAGCUCAAAGCAACAAUUGAUGGUCUUCAAACUGACCUUGUGAAGGCUCGGGAAGAUAAAAAUGAAAUACAAGAAAAGUUAACGGAGAAGCUGGAAUCUCUUGGAGUCCUGCAAGAAAAGACAAACUUUCUUAGUGGAGAGAUCAAGGAUAAAGAUGAUACUAUUCAAAGUCUUAGCUCUGCACUUGCUAAGAAAGAAUUGGAGUUGGAAAAACUCAACUCUAUCUAUCAACAAUUGCAGGAUCAGUUUGCAGGCUUGAACUCAGAGAAUGAAGAACUGAAGGAUAAGCUACUGAAAAAUGAAAAUGAGCUGGAACUGAAAACUGCUGCAGUGGAUGAUCUGAAUGUGCAAGUAGGUAUGUUGAUUGCUGAGAAAGAGGAAUCUAAGAGAAAGUUUGAUGCAAUAAAAGGGGAGUACAAUGACUUGAAGUCUUCAUCAAUGAAGAAGGCAGCUGAAGAUGCCAAACUCUUGGAAAAGCAAGACCUUAAACUUCAGCAAUUGGAGGAGCAGCUUGAGUCUACCUCAAGUGAAGUAAGCAGAAGCAAACUUCAAAUUGCUGGUUUAUCAAAAGAAAGAGAUGAUUUGAGGAAUACGUUGGACGUAGAACUGAAUAAGUUGGAGAGUUUGGAGCAAGAGCUCCAAAUCACACUUGUAAAUUUAGAAAAAUCAAGGAACGAAGCUUCUGGAUUGGCAAGUCAACUUCAGCUAGCAAGAGAAUUGUGCUUGGAGCUUGAAGUUGAAGUUUCUAAGGUUAGGGCAGACUUUGCUGAAACUAAGGAGACCUUACAGAAGAAAGCUGAAGAAGCAAGGAGAGAUGCCGAGGUUUUAGCUGGUGAGCUAACAUCUGUGAAGGAGCUCCUGAAGGAAAAAACUGAAGAGAUUCUAAAUGUGUCUAAUGAACUCGCUGCUGUUGUACAAACACGUGAUGAGCUUCAAAAGGAACUAGUUGACGUCUACAAGAAAGCAGAAAGUGCAGCUAACGAUCUAAAUGAAGAAAAAGCAAUUGUUGCUUCUUUGAACAAAGAGUUGAAAGCUUUAGACACUAGAGUCUCUAAAGAGAGUGAAGCCCGGAAAUCACUCGAGAGGAAUCUGGAAGAAGCUACAAGAUCACUGAAUGAGAUUAAUCAGAAUGCGCUAAUACUUUCAAGGGAGCUAGAGCUUGCUAACAGUCAGAUUUCCAGCCUCGAAGAUGAGAAAGAUGCACUCUAUAAAUACCUUGGCGAGCAAAAACAAGUUUCUCAAGAAGCACGAGAAAACAUGGAUGAUGCACAUAGCCUUAUAAGGCAACUAGGGCAGGAAAGGGAGAGUUCGGAAAAGAGAGCAAAGAAACUAGAAGAGGAAUUGGCUGCUGCAAAGGGUGAAAUACUGCGGCUAAGGAGUCGCAUAAAUUCCUCGAAAACUAAUGUGAAUGACCAGCAUCAGCAAACUGUUGAAGUGGGAGCUAAAGCUGCCGCUCCUGUGAAGAGAGUUGCCAGGAGGAGAAAGGCUGUUCGACAGAAAGAUGAGUCAUAGCCUUUUGUUUCCUGUUCUAUUCAUUUUCCUGUCCUUGACACGAGCUGCACCUAAUUGAAAUUAUAGAAUGUAAUCAUUUGGUAUGUAAAUUUUGGAACAUUCAUUCGGAUGUUCUCUUGUAGGGAAAGCUUAUAUUGAGUUGUAUUAUCAAGGCUGUGCCCUACUUUCUUGAUACGUCUUCUUCUUGCUGUGAAACGUGUUGGAAAUGGAAAGGUCAAGUUAGUGUA